AUGCUGACAUGUCUCACUCAGGUCAAGAAGUGGAUGUUGGGAAGCUCGAUGGAGGGCCCUUCGCCCCCGGCCUCCCGAACCGAUUCCACCAAAUCCGGGUUCUCGGAAUGGACCACGAGCAGCACCGUGGAGGCAGACACCGAGGCCGCAUCCUCGUCAACCGGCGUCGCCCUAUCCAUCCACCCCCUGCCCACCAAAGACGGCCUCAUCGCCAAAAUCACACCCCCGGAAGCCCCCUCCAAACCCAUCGCCCACGUGCCCUGCGACAUCGUCCUGGUGAUCGACGUCUCGGGCAGCAUGGGCGGCAACGCGCCCGUCCCCGCCAACCCGGGCGAGAAGACGGAGAACAACGGGCUGUCGGUGCUGGACCUGGUCAAGCACGCCGCGCGCACGAUCCUCGAGACCAUGGACGACGGCGACAGGCUCGGCAUCGUCACGUUCGCGUCCAAGGCCAGGGUCGUGCAGGCGCUGUUGCCCAUGGACGACAAGAAUAAGAAGCUCGCCGGGGAGAACAUUGACGGGAUGAAGCCCGUCGACGCGACGAACCUGUGGCACGGCCUGCUCGAGGGCGUCAAGCUGUUCAGGGAGGGCGGCGAGGUGAACACCGGGAGGGUCCCCGCCAUCAUGGUCUUGACGGACGGCAUGCCGAACCACAUGUGCCCGGUUCAGGGGUACGUGCCGAAGCUGCGCGCCAUGGAGCAGUUGCCUGCGUCGGUGCAUACGUUCGGCUUCGGGUAUUCUCUGAGAUCCGGCUUGUUGAAGUCCAUUGCCGAGAUUGGCGGUGGGAACUACGCCUUCAUCCCCGACGCCGGCAUGAUUGGCACCGUAUUCGUCCACGCCGUGGCCAACUUGCAAGCAACAUACGCCAUCAACGCAACACUGCGCCUCACCUUCCCCGCUGCCCUCGAUCUCGAAGAGACAACCGGGGACUCGGUCGACAAACAGGAGGUCCUGACCCUGCCCGACGAGCCAGAGGAGCCGAAACAGCUUUCUAUUUCCCUCGGCAACCUACAGUACGGCCAGUCUCGAGACAUCUACAUCCGCGUAAAGGCUCCGGCAGACUUGACUUCGAAAGACUCUAACAUCAUCGCCUCCCUGGAGUAUUCCCGCAUGACAAGCGUCAUCCACAGGAAAGCAACCGAACAAUCUCUGCAGACCCCCACGACCCUGCCCGAGUCCGAGAUCGCAUACCACCUCUCCCGCUCCCAGAUCUGCUCCUACCUGUCCUCCAUCAUCCCCAUAAGAGAAGACGGCGAGCACGAGGCCCUACACGACAUCUCCCCCCAAAAGGCCGAGCAGCUCAAAUCCCUCAUCGAAAACCUCCCGUCCCAAAAGUUCCCCGACGACCCAAAGAACAAGUCCCUCGUCGAAGACCUCACAGGCAAGCAGCCAAAGGGCCAAAUCUCCCUCGCCCUGUCGAACCCCGAAUACUACUCCAAAUGGGGCGUCCACUACCUCCCCUCGCUCCUCAACGCGCACACCCGGCAGAUCUGCAACACCUUCAAGGACCCGGGCCCGCUGCAGUACGGCGCAGGGAGCCCCCUCUUCGUCGCCUGCAGGGACAGGCUCGACGCCGCCUUCGACAACCUCCCGGCCCCGACGCCGUCGAACCAGCGCGUGGCGACGCACCACGGAUACAUCAGCAUGAGGUCGUACAACACGCCGUCCGGCGUGUGCUUCACCGCGUCCACGCCCGUCCGUCUCGCCUCCGGCCGCAAGGUGCCGGUCAAGAGUCUGAGGAGGGGCGCGGCGGUGAAGACGCCCGCGGGUCCCAGACGCGUCGUCGCCGUUCUGAAGACGCCUGUUUCGAGGGAGGUUAUGUGUCGCGUCGGCGACCUGGUCGUGACGCCCUGGCACCCGGUCUCGGUGGACAGCGGGAAGAGCUGGGUGUUCCCGGCUGAUGUGGCGCUGAGGCCGGUGAGGUAUACGGGGUGCAUCUACUCUGUUCUUCUGCAGCCGGAUGGGGACGUGAACGCGCACGCGGUGAAUGUUGCGGGUGUUUGGGGUGUAACACUGGGUCAUGGCCUUGUCGCGGGAGAUGAUGCGAGGGCGCAUGAGUUCUUUGGGGAUUAUGACAAGGUGGCGAGGGGUUUGAGGAAGAUUGGCGUCCGGAGGAAUGGCGUUGCUACUGGAGGCGGUGUGAACAGAGAUCCUGAGACUGGUCUUGUUCGGGGAUUUAAGUCGGCGAGGAGAGCCGACGCUCAGAAGGAUGGAAAGGUGGCGAAUUAG